AUGCCAAUCAAAGCUUCUGGAGAAACACUUAAAGAAUUCAUCGUCGUUGGACGUAAAAUUCCUUCUGAAACAGACAAAAAUCCAGCACUUUACAAAAUGCAAAUUUUUGCUUCAAACAGCAUUGUUGCUAAAUCUCGUUUCUGGUAUUUUGCCUCUCAACUUCGUAGAAUUAAGAAGACUCACGGAGAAAUCAUUCAAUGUGAAGAGGUUGCUCCAAAAAAUACAGGAAGUGUAAAGAACUUUGGAAUCUUUCUCAGAUACGACUCUCGUACCGGUCACCAUAAUAUGUACAGAGAAUAUCGCGAUGUCUCUCUUCCUGCAGCUGUUACUCAAUGUUAUCGUGAUAUGGGAUCCCGUCAUCGUGCUCAAGCCGAUCGUAUCCAAAUUAUCAAGGUUUCUGUUAUCAAGAAUUCCGACUGCAGACGUGAUCACAUCACUCAAUUCCACGAUUCUAAGAUUAAAUUCCCAUUGACACACCGUGUUACAAAACGCAAGGGAGUUGCUAGAUACACUACUCGUCGUCCAGUUACUCACUUUGCUUAA